AUGCCUCAACAGGUCGAAGGUCACAUUUUCCCCAUCCAUCUGGAAUGGCUGGGUGGACGCAACACCUUCCAACAGAGCAACUUUUCCGUUCGCAACGCUUACAUAUGUCUGGAGGACAUGAAAGAUUCGGAUAUAGUCAUGCCCAUAGUCUUAGAAAAAAGAGGUGAUCAAGUCAUCUUUAGAACUGACAAUGAAACGAUGGGGAAGGACUUUGGUCUAAGUGCAAUUGUAAAUGUUCACGUUUUUCCUUCUGACCCCAAUUAUGCGGUUCUUGAAAUCUCUUCCAGCAAUGGACCUUCGCGCUUCGAGGUUCUUCAUGCACCUGGCAACGAACCAUUAAAACAACUUUACGAUUUCCUCUUUGCACGUAAUUUCGCCUAUCCUCCAGCAUCGGAUCAACCCCGAGAAGAGAAUUCACCAAUACCUUCUACUUCCGACACUUACGAAGCGCCUGAAACCGAGCAACCUGCUACCAACGGUGUCUCCACGCCUGAGAUGCAAACUGAGGAGGGCUACGAAGAGGUGGCUGUGAAACUAGUCGACGAGACGAUCAAUGGUCACGAGAGCUCAUCACCAGCAUCAGGCAUGGAGGUUCCAGUCCAAACGAAGGAUGAAAUCGCUAACAAGGAAGUUGGCAGGCUUCGAUCCUCUCCUUCAACCACAUCAGUUUCAUCGGACACUAAUGUAGAUAUGAAACAUAACGCGGACACUUCAGUGGAGUCAGUCAAGGAUGAAUCCGAUUCAAGGCAUCAGAAAGUUCUUGAAGUCGAAGCACCACGCACUAUUGAAGUCUCACGACCACGCCACUUUGGCAAGCUGCGUCUCCUUACCAACAUCAUCGUUGAGGAGGGGCUUGACACAAGGCAUCAGCGUGAUGACGGCCGCGUAUACGUGGUUUCAAGGAAAGCCUUUAGAUCUUCAAAAAUUCGGCCUUUCUCCACGGACUCUAGCGUAUUGGAAGAUGAAACUGGUUCAACGAACGAGGAGGACGAGGAUUUUCCCGUCAUUAAAGUGUGA